AGAGGGGCAGCCGGGAGCGCCCCGCGCCCUAGUUCUGCAUUCCGAUCGCCUGGCGCGGGCAUAGUGAGGGGGCUUUCGGGGCGCUAGGGGACUCCUGGAGCGGUGGCAAAGACAGCCCUGGGCUCGGAAGGGAGGUCAUUCCCAGCCUCAGAGAUCCUAGGGCGUCUGGUUACCCACUCCGGCUGGCUUGCGUGUGUGUGUGUGUGUGUGUGUGUGUGUGUGUGUGUGUGUGUGUUGGGGGAAGAAGGAGAAAGCUCCCGAGUCCUUUAUUUUGCAAGCAGGGGCGACAUUCUUGCCUACAUCAAGUGGGGUAACUUUGAUUCGCCUUCUCCCGGAGGCUCUUGUGUUGGAGAAAGACUCAGUUGGAGACGACUCCAAGGAGUCGUGAUUUUACCCAGCCCAGCGUGGAGCAGGGGAAGCACCGCUCGUGUCCGGAUUGCGGGCUGCUCAGAGGCUGGAGAGGACGGCCUGGCAUUGCCGACUUCCUGGGGCGCCCGGGUCCCCUCACUCGGCCCGGCGGCGCGCUGGAAGGUGCCUCGGCUAGCCGUGCUCUGCAGCCCGGCUGCUGCUGUCGCUCAAAGGCGCAGGAGCCAGUUGCGCCGGCAUCGGGGUCCUUUCCCUCCCUAACCUCAGGCCGGGAAGGACCGCGGUGCGUCCCCUUUAGGACUCAGGCCCCAUCCGCCCUACGCCCCUUUUGUCCAGCUAGCUGGAGCUUCGUCCCUCAGCCCCAACUGCCGCCCGUGCUGCUUUCCUGGGAGGCGCGGAGAACAGAGAAAAGUUCAAGCCUUGCCCACCGGGCCGCAGCUGCCUGUUAACCCUCGGAACGCUGCGGCGGGAGGGAAGGGCCCUGCGACUCUGGGAAAGGGGGGCGAUGGAGACGUGGUCCUCCAGCAACCACGUGCUGCUGCUAACAUCUGCAGAAGAUUUGGACUGCACUCCUGGAUUUCAGCAGAAAGUGUUCCAUAUUGCUCAGCCAGCUGAAUUCAUUGAGGACCAGGCGAUUCUAAACUUGAACUUCAGUGACUGUAAAGGAAAUACCAAGCUACACUAUGAGGUCUCAAGCCCAUACUUCAAGGUGAACAAUGAAGGUGAUUUAGUCGCUCUGAGAAACAUAACUGCAGUGGGCAAGACCCUUUUCGUCCAUGCCCGGACUCCCCAUGAGGAGGACAUGGCGGAACUCGUGAUCGUCGGGGGGAAAGACAUCCAGGGCUCCUUACAGGAUAUAUUUAAAUUUGCAAGAACUUCUCCUGUCCCAAGACAAAAGAGGUCCAUUGUGGUGUCUCCCAUUUUGAUUCCAGAGAAUCAGAGACAACCUUUCCCAAGAGACGUUGGCAAGGUAGUCGAUAAUGACAGACCGGAAGGGUCCAAGUUCCGGCUCACUGGAAAGGGAGUAGAUCAAGAGCCUAAAGGAAUUUUCAGAAUCAAUGAGAACACGGGCAGCGUCUCCGUGACACGGACCUUGGACAGAGAAACUAUUGCUUCUUAUCAACUAUUUGUGGAGACCACUGAUGUCAACGGCAGGACUCUUGAGGGGCCGGUCCCUCUGGAAGUCAUUGUAAUUGAUCAGAAUGACAACAGACCAAUCUUUCGAGAAGGCCCCUAUGUUGGCCAUGUCAUGGAGGGAUCACCUACAGGGACCACGGUGAUGCGGAUGACAGCCUUUGAUGCGGACGACCCGUCCACAGACAAUGCCCUCCUGCGGUAUAACAUCCGUCAACAGACGCCUGACAGGCCAUCUCCCAACAUGUUCUACAUCGAUCCUGAAAAAGGAGACAUUGUCACCGUUGUGUCACCUGCAUUGCUGGACCGAGAGACACUGGAAAAUCCCAAAUAUGAGUUGAUCAUCGAGGCCCAAGAUAUGGCUGGACUGGAUGUUGGAUUAAUAGGCACGGCCACAGCGACAAUCCUGAUUGAUGACAAAAACGAUCACUCACCAAAAUUCACCAAGAAAGAGUUUCAAGCCACAGUUGAGGAAGGAGCUGUGGGAGUUAUUGUCAACCUGACAGUUGAAGACAAGGAUGACCCCACCACAGGUGCGUGGAGGGCUGCCUACACCAUCAUCAAUGGAAACCCUGGCCAGAGCUUCGAAAUCCACACCAACCCGCAAACCAACGAGGGGAUGCUCUCCGUUGUCAAGCCUCUGGACUAUGAGAUUUCCGCCUUUCACACCCUGCUGAUCAAAGUGGAAAACGAGGACCCGCUCGUACCCGACGUCUCCUAUGGCCCCAGCUCCACGGCGACUGUGCACAUUACUGUCCUGGAUGUCAACGAGGGUCCGGUUUUCUACCCCAACCCCAUGAUGGUGACCCGGCAGGAGAACAUCUCCGUGGGCAGCAUGCUGUUGACGGUGAACGCCACGGACCCCGAUUCCCUGCAGCAUCAAACCAUCAGGUAUUCCGUUUACAAGGACCCAGCGGGCUGGCUGAACAUUAACCCCAUCAAUGGGACAGUUGACACCACAGCGGUGCUGGACCGCGAAUCCCCGUUUGUCCACAACAGCGUGUACACGGCCCUCUUCCUGGCGAUCGACAGUGGCAACCCACCUGCUACUGGGACUGGAACUUUGCUGAUAACCCUGGAGGACGUGAACGACAACGCCCCCUUCAUUUACCCUACAGUGGCCGAAGUCUGCGAUGAUGCCAAAAAUCUCAGUGUAGUCAUUUUGGGAGCAUCGGAUAAGGAUCUUCACCCAAAUACAGAUCCUUUCAAAUUUGAAAUCCAUAAACAAGCUGUUCCUGAUAAAGUCUGGAAGAUCUCCAAGAUCAACAACACACACGCCCUGGUAAGCCUUCUUCAAAAUCUGAACAAAGCAAACUACCAGCUGCCCAUCAUGGUGACAGAUUCAGGGAAACCACCCAUGACGAACAUCACAGACCUCAGGGUACAUGUGUGUUCCUGCAAGAAUUCCAAAGUCGACUGCAACGCAGCGGGCGCCCUGCACUUCAGCCUGACCUCAGUCCUGCUCAUCUCUCUCUUCCAUUUAGCUUGUCUGUGAGAACUCCUGACAUCUGAAGCUUGACUACCAAGUUUCCAUAGCAACAGGAAAAAGAAAAAAAUCCAAAUCUGAAGAUUGCCGUUUACAGCUCUCGAACUUCACAACUAGGCCUCAAUUGCUCCAGAUUUUCACUUUCUUUGCAAUUUCACUUAGUCUGUACUUCACCAUUUUGACAGCAUCUUCCUUUCUCCUUUAAUUAGUGGAAUCCUCUGAAUUUCCCCUGAAUGUUUAAAGAUCAUGGCAUAUAACUUGACCUUCUGGGAGCAGGAACAAUGACUACUUUUUCUGACGUGUUGCCAUGUUGCUAGUCAGCACUCCCCCAUCCAGCAUUGUCUGUGGGUUAGUAUUUGUAUAUGUAUGAGUAUCUGUAUGUGUAUAUACCCAGUAUGUAUAGAGAGAGACUAGACAGGAGAAGCCUAGUUUUGAUGUGUCACUCUUCCUUGGGAGGCUAAACAAGAAGGGACAGAGCCGUGGCAGCUGACUCGCCCAGGGCCCCAGCGGCAAGCACAGACCGCAGACCGGAUGCUUCUCCAACACCCCAUUCAGUCUGGACGCUGCCACGACUGUCAGGCAGCAGCGCAGAGAGGGAGGGCAGAGAGCAAGGUCCUUUCUCUUUAGUCUGAGGACUAUACCCAGUUUCACUGCCACCAUAUGCCGUGAUCCGGAGCGAAAGUGGUGAGGAGCAGAGGGGGAAAUUUUACCAUCAAAUGCUGAGAAAAGGGCUGCAAUAUUCUCUCAUGGGCAUCUGUCUGCAUUUGUAUGUGUCCAAAGUCCGCAGCCCUGCUGUGGAUUUAGUUCCCAUGGGGACGUGGAUCAUGGUAGAGACUCUCUCCCUCCUAUUUACAAUAACAAGUGUCAUCACGGAGGUCACACGUGCAUAUGAAGAGGUUGACAGGUACAGUGUGUAUACAUAUAUAUGCCCACAUGUAUAGACAUACACUUAGGCACAUACAUACCGUUUGUUUCAUAUACAUGCAUAAAAUAGAGUAAAUACAGGUAGUACCCUUUUGUGUGAAUCGACUACAGUUGUUUGCAAACCUAAAAAUAAAAGGUGUUCAUUAUGUAUAAAAA